CUCCUCUCCUCCUCCUCUUCCUCUCUUUGGGGAAAAGAAAAAAGACACUUUGCUUGCGCUCGAUUCGCCGUGCGGACCCGUCUCUGUUCUUCCCCUCGCUUUUCUCGUCCUCUGAGGAUUUUAUUUUUCCUUUUUUUCCUCUCCUUCCUUCCUUCCUUCCUUCACGCCGGGUUUAAACAUGACGGCAAAGCGGGAGAAGUUUUUAAAAUUCCUGAAAUCCUGAAAAUAAACUUAAAGACAGGAAAUCUUUCCAGUCAUUCUUUCAGAGUCAAAGUUGAAUUAAAUCUGUGAAAGAGACAAAAAGUUGUGCAGUUAAAUAAAACUCUUAUUUUUAUCACCGCCUCCUGCUGCACUCAUCUUUAAUUUUUCUUCUUCUACUCCUUUUUUUCCCGUCGUCCUCCUCUCUCUCUCCAUCCUCGCCGGCUGAUUUGGGACUUCGAGGCGUUUCCAUGUUGAAGAAUUCGACUGAGCACGAGCUCGAGCUGUAGAGCUGCUUCUCUCUCUGCCGGACUUUUCUUUUUCUCUUGCUGAUUUUUCUUCUUCUUCUUGAGUUUUGUCGACGUGGUCGUGCCAUAGCGUCGGCGGUUGGAGCGUCGGGGGCCCCGGAGAUGUUCGGGAUCCAGGACCAGCUGCCCCGCGGGGCCACGGCCAGCAUGAAGGAGGAGCCGCUGGCUGUUCGCUCCUGGAUGCACUCGGCCGGCGUGGUGGACGCCAACACAGCCGCUCAAAGCGGGGUGGGGUUAGCUCGCGCUCACUUUGAGAAGCAGCCUCCGUCCAAUCUGAGGAAAUCCAACUUCUUCCACUUCGUGUUGGCGCUGUACGACCGCCAGGGUCAGCCGGUGGAGAUCGAACGCACCACCUAUGUCGACUUUGUGGAGAAAGAGAAGGAGCCGACCGGAGAGAAGACCAACAAUGGGAUCCAUUACAAGCUGCAGCUGCUCUACAGCAACGGAGUCAGAACGGAACAGGAUCUUUACGUACGACUCAUCGACUCCAUGACCAAACAGGCCAUCAUCUAUGAGGGUCAGGACAAGAAUCCAGAGAUGUGCCGAGUCCUGCUCACACACGAGAUCAUGUGCAGUCGCUGCUGUGAUAAGAAGAGCUGUGGAAACAGAAACGAGACGCCGUCAGACCCCGUCAUCAUCGACAGGUUCUUCCUCAAGUUCUUCCUGAAGUGUAACCAGAACUGUUUGAAAAACGCCGGAAACCCCCGAGACAUGAGGAGGUUCCAGGUGGUGGUGUCGACGACAGUGAACGUGGACGGUCAUGUGCUCGCCGUCUCAGACAACAUGUUUGUUCACAACAACUCCAAACAUGGCCGCCGAGCCAGGAGGCUGGACCCGUCCGAAGCAGCCACUCCAUGUAUUAAAGCGAUCAGUCCGAGUGAGGGUUGGACGACGGGCGGCGCCACCGUCAUCCUGAUCGGAGACAACUUCUUCGAUGGUCUGCAGGUCGUCUUUGGCACCAUGCUGGUGUGGAGUGAGUUGAUCACCCCUCAUGCAAUCAGAGUUCAGACUCCUCCUCGCCACAUCCCCGGGGUCGUGGAGGUCACGCUGUCCUAUAAGUCCAAACAGUUCUGUAAAGGAGCUCCAGGACGCUUCGUCUACACAGCGUUAAAUGAACCCACCAUAGACUACGGCUUCCAGAGGUUACAGAAGGUCAUCCCCCGUCACCCCGGAGACCCAGAGAGGCUGCCCAAGGAGGUGUUGUUGAAGAGAGCUGCUGACCUGGUGGAGGCGCUCUAUGGGAUGCCUCACAACAACCAGGAGAUCAUCCUGAAGAGAGCAGCAGACAUCGCCGAGGCACUCUACAGCGUUCCCAGGAACCACAACCAGAUCCCAUCGCUAGGCAACACCGCCUCCCACGGCAUGAUGGGAGUGAACUCCUUCGGUGGGCAGCUGGCCGUCAACGUCUCGGACACAACGCAAGUCGGUUACAGUCGUAACACGAGCAGCGUGUCGCCACGGGGAUACGUACCGAGCUCCACCCCACAGCAGAGUAACUAUGGCAACACGGUCAGCAACAGUAUGAACGGAUACGGCAACACGGGCAUGCCAAACCUCGGCGUGGCAACGUCACCGGGUUUUCUCAACGGCUCAUCUGCCAACUCUCCCUACGGCAGUAAGUAUCAAGUCGUCCCCUCCAGUCCCACCAUGGCGGUCUCCAACUGUAACUCCUCCCACGGAGUGUUCUCCUUCUCGGCUGCCGUCAAACAGAAGAGCGCCUUCGCUCCCGUCGUCCGACCGUCUGCGUCUCCUCCUCCUCCAAACUGCUCCGCCAACAACUCCAACGGGCUUCAAGCCAUGUCCGGCCUCGUCGUUCCUCCGAUGUAAGACAUCUUCCUCCUCGUUCCUCAUCUCUCCUCCCCCUCAGCCACGAGCACCAAUCACCUCAAAGAAGGAGGGGCCUGUGGCAUCAAGAGGCGGGGCCUCAGGCACACUCUGACCAGUCAGAGCAGAGUAUAGAGUUUAAAAAAAGAAAAUGAACUGAUGUCUCUGAGUAGACGAAAGAAGAAAGCAAAGUGAGACUUUUUGUACAGCAGAUUUCUGGGUGCUUUCCGCUCUCUGUAAUUAUUCUGAUGUUUUCGUCUGUGUUUGGGGGCGGGGUCUGUUGGUGUAAAAACUGUGAUGUCACACCUUUGAUGUGGCAUCAUUUCCUCUAAUUGUAAUUAAAGUUUGGUUUAAGAAACAGAAGAAAAUGUCAAAUCCAACUGAACACGUCAAAGGCUCCAAAUGACGGGGAAUCCAAAUUCUUACACCUGAUUGGUCGUCUCACUGAGGUAGUGACCAAUCAGGAGGAGGAGACUGAAUUCACUUCCUGAUCAUGUGUUUUUAUUCCACACAAACUGAGACAGUCAACCUCUGCUGCUGUCAGCCAAUCAGAAACCGGAUUUCAACCUCCUGAAUAACUGAAGUCCUCACAGCGUCGACCUGUGUCCUCUGAGAGUAACCUUCCUCACAUUGAUAGCCCCGCCUUCCUCUGUUAAGCCCCGCCCCUGCCUGUCUGUGUUUGUAUUUAUUUUACCUUUGUUUUUUCUUGUUAUGCUCGCACUGUAAAAACAAAAUCCUGCAUCCUGAUAGGCUACUUUGACUAUCCGUCUUCUUAUUCAGAGAUGUCUUUUAUUCUCCUGAGACUCAAGCCCCGCCCCCUGAGCACUUAUA